AUGCAAAAUAUUCUACCACAAACAGUCCCACCUGGCCUCGGACCAAGCAUUCCGUCAAGCAUACAUAGCAAUCAGAAUCUUAAUCCUCCAGCAUUUUCAAAGUGUUUUUCACAAUCAAAUGUGCCACCUCCUAUUUCAAAUAAUAUACAAACAAGUCAUGCAAUACCACAUUCAAACUUGCCAAACACUGUGUCCUCAAGUGUUCCUCUUCAUACUCAACAAGGUAAUAUGAAUAUGAUGCCUUCGCCUGUACCAAGUAUUUUAGGAAAUGUUCCAUCACCGAUUCACGCACCUCCAAAUAUUGGUACUGCACAACCGAGUCCAGCUGCACCCAUGCCAAAUAUUCAAGUGGGAAUUCCUUUGAAUACGCCAAAUAUGCAUGGAUCUAUGGGUCCUAACAUUCCUCCAAAUCAAGGGAAUGUGUUAUCAAAUGUCCCCCAUAAUAUUAAUCAAAAUAUGAUGAUGAUGAACCCUAACAGUGUGCCACAUCCGAAUAUGUAUCCAGCAUCUCAUCAUCAAGAAAGAGCAACAUUACAACAACAAAUUCAAGAAAUAUAUUGUCAACCACCUUCAAACGAGAAUCAAGAAAAAGUAAGAUGUUUGCAAGAAAGGUUGUCUAUGCUUCAACAACAUGAAACAGCUGAUAAAUAUGAUAGUAAUGGGAAAGGCAAAAAACCUAGAACACCUAGAAAAGGAAAAGAACGAAAACCACGUACACCUAAAGAACCUAAAGAUGGAAAAGAGAUGGGAGACAAACCAAUAAAAGAGCGUAAGAAACGGGAGCCCAAAGAUCCGAAUGCACCAAAAAGGAAAAGAAAUGUUAAAAAGGGUUUUAACUGA